AUGGUGCAGUGGGAGGAACUGGACAUUAAAUUGAAAGUCUUGGACGAGAAAUUUGAAUUUUUUAAAAGACUUAAGCGCACAUAUAAUGCCACAUCGGAGUACAUCCAGAGCCAAGCUCAGCAGACAGAGAAACUCAUAAAGACGGAGUUUGAGAAACUCCAUGGCUUCCUGAGUGAGGCGGAGGCAGGCAGGAUUGCCAUGUUGAGAGAGGAGGAGGAGCUGAAGAAGCGGGGGAUGGCGGAAAGGAUCGCCAGUCUUAACCGAGACAUUGCUGCACUGACUGAUCUUAUCCGAUCUGUAAAAAGGGAGAUGGGAGCGGAUAACUUAUGUUUCCUGCAGAACUUCCAAGCCUUGAAAAGAAGCCGGGGAGUACUUUUCAAAGUAAAGCGAAAUUUAUUUCAGUCCUUUUGUUUUGUUUACAUACAAAGUGGGGGGUGUCAGGGUCAGGGGUCAUUGCUGAUGUUUUGUGGAAGCGGUUAUAUUUCAUGUGUCUCUCUGGCCUCCUCAGUCCCAGUGAUACUGGACCCCAACACUGCGUCCCCCUGGCUCUCCCUGUCCCCGGGCAUGAGCGGCGUGUCUGGCAGUAAGGAGAGGCUGCCUCUGCCAGACAACGGGGACCGCUUCGACCCCUGCGUGUUCGUCCUGGGCUCGGAGGGCUUCUCCUCCGGACGCCACAACUGGGACGUCUGCGUGGGCGAAAACCCCAAGUGGAUUGUGGGCGUGUGCAAGAAGUCGCUGCCCCGGAAACGCAAGUUCACCAUGUCCCCCAAGAGCGGCGUGUGGUCGGUGGGGCUGAGCAAAGGGGUGUACAGUGCCCUCACCGUGCCCCGCACGCAGCUGCACCUGCAGAAGCUGGAGAAGAUCAGGGUGAAGCUCAAAUGUGAAAAGGGCACGGUGUCCUUCUGGGACCCCAGCAACGAGCAGCACAUCUGUACCUUCAACGACGCGUUCACCGAGCCCGUGUUUCCGCUCUUGGGCCCGGGCAUUCACGCGGAGGCCUUGACCAUCGCCCCGACGAAGGUCUCCAUUCACUACUGACUGCCCACGGGCCUGCUCGGCCACCGGCUCUCACCGCUUCACCUUGCUGUUGGUGUGACCGAGAUGAGAUCAGAGUCAUUGGCGGAGGAAGUACUUUGACAGCCUGAUUUGGGUCUUUUGAUCUUUCAUGAUAUGCAGAAAAAAAAUAAGAAAAUGAUUACUUUAUAAAAUUGUGGACAGUGGUUGCACGCAGUAUUAUUAAGGACUGACUUAAUAAUAUUGCGAGCGACCACUGUCCAUAAUUCUUUUUCAACGAUUAAUUGCCUAUGUUCAAAUUAAAAAUCUAUUUGCUUUCCUUGUUAUGCAUCAGACAAUUCAUAAUUCCUAUCAACUUUUUUUCUUUUUACUCUUCACGUCAGAGAGAUUCAGUGGGUUUGGGGACUUUAUAGGACAACUUCACCCUACAUAAGUAAACAGAUGGAGGAUUUAUAAAAUAUGAAAAUAUGCUAAAACAACCAUGCUCAGUUAUAUCAAUGAUGCACUGGAAGUAUUGGUCUUUGCAAAUAUUUGCUGAAUCCAUGCUCCUCUGCUUGUAUUUACAUUACAUUAAUGGAAUUUUGGCAGACACUCUUAUCCAGAGCGACAUACAGUUGAUUAGAGUAAGCAAGAGACAAUCCUCCCCUGGAGCAAUGCAGGGUUAAGGGCCUUGCUCAAGGGCCCAACGGCUGUGCGGAUCUUAUUGUGGCUAUAUCAAGGAUUUGAAAUUUCUGUUGGAGCAGACAAAUUUAUACUAGAAAUACUGAUUGGGCAAAUUAGUAUCAUUUGUAAGUGUCAGUGGGUCUGAAUAGUUGCCCGGGACUCUGUAUGUACAUAAACUUUCCUGCUCUCUACUUCAUAAUAAGAUAUUUUAUGAUCUAUACAGGUAUGGGUACUUUUCCUCAGUCAAUAUGCAACUUGGCGUGCCAGUAUAUCAUUCUUAUCUUUCUUGUAAUUUAAUAAUUUUGGGAACUGUAUUACAAUGCAAAAUUAGAAGACCUGAAUUGCAGAAUACAACAGAAUUGUACAAGUUACGAAAAAUAAACUUGCAUUGUUUUAUUUUGCUGCAGCUUAAUUAAUGACAGAAUUUACUUUCAUCAGUUUAAAAUGUCCACAAGAGGGCGCUUAAAACUAUGUAAAAUGUGCAACUCCAAAUAAAUGACAAAAUUCGUUUUUGUAGUAAUAAUAGCUGAACAUGACAUUGCAGUGCUGUUUUCUAUCUUUAACAGACAUGUAUUCCCAUAGUAGCUCGACAUUGAAGAGUCAUAAAUCUUACCUUGUUGAUUGUUGGUCUCAACUAUUUACAUUUACUUAAUUUACUUAAUCAAACAUUCUGCUUCACUGAUUAUCUCCCUCAAAUGAGGUCAAAGUGUUAUCUGAACUGUCUCUCACACUGGAGCAGAAUCCAGUGGUUGAAAAAGGUACCCAAGCUGAUAAUACUACAUUUGACCAGCAAAAAUAAUGCGAAAAAAAUUUAGACAAAUCUCCUAAUUGUAUAUUGCACAAUGCAUAAUAAAGGCUGUCAAGCAAAGCAGUUUUGGAAAAA